UCAGCUGUUACUACAACUGCAACGACAGCUAACCCCACCUCUGGGGCUGCAUCUGUGGUUGACUCCACAAGAAGUGUGACAUCCACCACCAGUGCUGAGAUUUUGUCUCCGUCUCAGCCCGUUUCUGGGACUAGAACCCCCGUUUCCACAUCGCAGUUUCCUGACACAGCAGGCUCCACUGCUGAGGCCCCCACCAUCUCAUUCUCAACCGAUUCUCCCAUCACCACCACCAAUGUCUCAACCACCACCAAUGUCUCCACCACCGAUGUCCCUACCACCACCAAUGUUCCCAUCACCACCACCAAUGUCCCCAUCACCACCACCAAUGUCUCCACCACCGAUGUCUCUACCACCACCAAUGUUCCCAUCACCACCACCAAUGUCCCCAUCACCACCACCAAUGUCUCCACCACCAAUGUCCCUACCACCACCAAUGUCUCCACCAUCACCAAUGUCUUCACCAUCACCAAUGUCUCCACCACCACCAAUGUCUCCACCACCACCAAUGUCUCCACCACCAAUGUCCCUACCACCACCACCAAUGUCCCUACCACCACCACCAAUGUCUCCACCAUCACCGAUGUCUCCGCCAGCGAUGUCUCCUCCACCACUACCAAUGUCUCCACCACCAAUGUCCCCACCACCACCACCACCAAUGUCUCCACCACCACCAAUGACUCCACCAGUCCUGCAGUGAUCUUGAUCCCGGAUGUGCCAACCACCAAAUCAACUCCAGCGACCACAACAGCACCUGGUGGAGUCUCAAAGAGCCCAGCCAGCACUGAGGUCCAACCCUGCUCCACCCGGGGCGUGGUGAGGCACUGCCUCAUCGCCAUCGCCUCCCUGGCCGCGUUGGCCACCGUCUUCAUGGUCUGCACCGUCGUCCUCUGCACCAAGCUGUCAAAAAGGAAGUACAAGGUCAGGAACCCUCAGCCGGCCACCGAGAUGAUGUGCAUCUCGGCCCUGCUGCCCGAAAGGAGUCACACCGCCUACUACUCAAGACAACGCAAUCCGGUCAGUAACGGAGUCUUGGUGAUGCACGGCGGUGCAGACAGCGACGAGGACGGAGAAGAUAACCUCACUCUCAGCAGCUUCCUUCCAGAAAACGACCGCUAUGUUUAGAGGGGAUUAAUAUUUUUGUUAUCAGAUUGGACCGAUCUGUCUGAUGUCAGUGACGCGGAAACAGUUUCCGUUUGAAUAGACUUCCCGUUUGAUGUCGGCGGUUUGGCUUCGCUGCACACCCUAUUUCUGUGGAGGAAGAGACAUAGAGACCACAAACACAAACAAAACCAAAACUGUUUCGUGUUCAUGUACCAUUAACUGUAUCUGGCGUUUGGUGUGGUCAGGUCAUCAAAUGUGUAUUUUUAGGCAAGACUUUUUGCAUUCUUUUACACUUGCCCUCCACAACAGACUUGAAGUCAGGAUGAGGAGAGCGAUCAAAGACAUUUGUUUUUUGAACAUCCUGAGCUGAGCCCCGAUGGUAUUUCACUUAGCGACGGGAGACAGGAAGGCUUGUUUUAUCAAGGGAUUAGGGUUCUUCACAGACGCUGUUCAGUUUACAACAAAGUGCUAUUCUGGAAGCACUGAGGCUUCAUUGUAUGAACGCUGUAAUUUGAUUAAUGGUAAACUGUAUGUGACUCUGUUUAUAUGGGUGUAGGGAUGCAGCUUCUGUAUUGUGAUAAUUUAUUGAACUAAUGUCUUAUUUAACGCUUUGGUAACUCUGUAUUUUACGGUUCUGUAAUUGCCCUAAUCGUUUUUAUUUAGUACUAAUUUUAGGGACGAUGAAGACAAAGUUCAGAGACUAUUGUUGAUUUACAGAGGAAUUUCCUUAAAGGAACAGUGUGUAACAUUUCGGGGGAUCUAUUAGCAGAAAUGGAUAUGUAAGGGAUAACGUACAGCGAGUCACUGUUGAGAAAGCGGUGGCCGCUAGCUGUACAUUAUCCCGCUUUAUUACACGGCUACUUACUUAAGAAAUCAAUACUUUGACACAAAAAUGGUCCUCCAUCCAGUCCGACAUCAGAACUGCGUCCAUAGCAACGGU